CUAAAGUGCUUUCGGAGUCGUGAAUUUUCGUUCGUUCGGGACUCGAAACUAUCCCGUUAGCGACAUUAGUAUGCGAGUGAGCUGUUAACUGGUCUCGGUGGACGGUGUGUUAAGAGUGCAGUGAGAAAGUACAUGGCGCGAUGAUUAGCGGAGGUUGGGUGUGCGCGUUGCAUGUCCGGACCGCGGGGCUCGGAGGCGCCGCGCUCGGCUCCGACGAGGAAGAGAUCGUGUACCUCGCCUAUGUCGUCAUUGACGUCCUCACUAACCAGGUUAUAGGAGAAAGGGAAUACGCAGUGCGUCCUACGAGGCGACCCUCAGAAGAGUUACAGACUGGACAACCUCUAGACAUAGUCAUACAACAAUUCGACGAGUUCGUGCGCUCGCUGCAAGUGGACCCCCACUCCCCCCUGUUCAGACUCGUCACAGACGGACAGCCACCGCUCAGACAAUGCCUGCACCCCGAAGCUUGCAGCAAGGAGCUGUCCCUGCCCACGUACUACGCGCGGUUCCACGACCUCCGCAAGGAGUACGUGCGCGCGUACACCCUGCGGGCCGUGACGCGCGCCCAGCCCGCGCCCCCGCCGCCCGACCACCCCGCCUCCGUCGGCGACAUGGUUAACUAUUUAGGUAUAACUCCGUAUGCAGGCGAGAACUUCUACGCAGCGGAAGUAAAAGACAUGGCCAGCAUCAUACAGAGGAUAAUUGCUGAUGGUUUCAGAUUAGAGCUGCCCGAGACCAUCGACCUAGUUUUAGAAACUGGAAUUUGCUCAAAAGACGAUGAAAUAGACGGAAACUGUAUAGUACGAGCUAGAGGCCUGCCUUGGCAGUCAUCAGACCAGGACAUCGCUAAAUUCUUCCGAGGACUCAAUGUUGCUAAGGGCGGAGUAGCGCUGUGCCUAUCCCCGCAGGGUCGUCGUAACGGGGAAGCGCUGGUACGCUUCGUAUCGCAAGAGCACAGAGAUAUGGCGCUCAAACGACACAAGCACCACAUUGGACCGCGGUACAUCGAGGUGUACCGCGCCAGUGGAGAAGACUUCCUCUCGGUAGCUGGAGGUGCCACUUGUGAGGCCGCCGCCUUCCUGUCACGCGGAGCGCAGGUCAUAGUGCGCAUGCGCGGCCUGCCCUACGAUGCGACUCCGCAACAAGUUCUCGAAUUCUUUUCGACCGGUGACGAUCCAGUCCAAGUGCUAGAUGGGGCGGAGGGGGUGUUAUUCGUGAGGCGAGCGGACGGCAGGGCGACGGGUGAUGCCUUCGUCCUUUUCGCUAAAGAGGACGACUCGCCCAAGGCGCUUUCCAGACAUCGCAAGCUCAUUGGAGCUCGAUAUAUAGAGCUGUUCCGGUCUACUACUGCAGAAGUGCAACAGGUUCUGAACCGCUCGCUGGAGACCCGCAGCAGUCAGGCCAGUACGCCGGCAACUACCAGUGCUCCGACCGAGGGCCUCUUACCCGUGGCUCUGGUACCUCAACAUGUUAUCACCUCCGGCACCGCUAAGGACUGUGUGAGGCUCCGAGGACUGCCGUAUGAGGCUCAGGUUGAACACAUACUAACAUUUUUGGAUGAAUUCGCAAAGAAUAUCGUCAUGCAAGGCGUCCACAUGGUAUACAACGCCCAAGGUCACCCUAGCGGUGAAGCCUUCAUACAGAUGGACAGCGAGGCCAGCGCCUUCCUCUGCGCCCAACAGAAACACCACCGCUACAUGACCUUCGGCAAGAAACAGCGGUACAUCGAGGUGUUCCAGUGCUCCGGUGACGACAUGAACCUGGUGCUGACAGGCGGGGUGACCCCGGCCGCUUCCCCCAAGGUGCUCUCCCCUGGUACGUGCCUGCCCCCCCCUCGCCUGCUGGCUCAACACAUCGCCCACCAGAGCCUUCUAGCGCGCCAGCACGAGAGCUUUCUACUAUCUCUACGCCCGCCCCUCAUGCCCCUUCUCCCACUGCGCGCAUCCGCCCCUGCCCCGGCCCCGGCCUACCCACUCCCCGUACUCCCCCAACCAAUGUUACCCGCGAAACGUUCCUACGAACGCGCCUUUACCCCCGAAGCCCCACCUGCUAAACGCCCCUACUCCGUCCCACAAAUGCCGGCCCUGUCUCUACCCGUGCUGUCGUACGGCACGUCUGCCCCAAUUUUCUCAUACGCCAACUCCAGCCCUAUGCUGUCGAGUUACAGCACGCUGCCCUAUGGCUCCCCCUUAUCUGCCGGGCUACCCACCCCGCUACCAUCCCCCUUCCCCGCCUCGCUGUCCAUGUCCAUGUUCCCGACCUACCCCUACUACCCUGGCAUGUAGGAACACUGUAAUCUGUUUGCGUUCGAUAUCUCGAUACCUGA